AACUUGCCACUUCCAGCUUAAUGCUGUCGGAGAGUGGAUUGUCUCGCUCCACCCUGGUUGGAUUUACCUUUUGCUGCCGCAGACGAACAGGCUAAUAUGGUGAGCGUAUUCGAACCGGAUCAGCACCUACAGGACCAGGCCCAGGUUCUUUGAAAGGAUUGUGCCGGCCUCGGAGCGCAGACAACAUGACCGCUGCGCGGACAGAGAACAGGGCGAUUUGCGCUUGACCGUGUCCGUGACCUACGUGAGAGCUGCCGCCGCUGACGGACUCAAUUUACCGGCAGCUAGCGUCGAUAUGUCCGCGGAGGGAAGCGGAACCAUCCGCAGGCGCAUCAAGAACCUGCUGCGCUCCCCGUCCAUCAAACUGAGACGGAGCAGCGCGGCGCGGCACAAAAACGACCUAAGCGGCAAGGUGACGUUGGAGAAGGUUCUUGGGAUCACAUCUCCAGGAAACCGAGCGCUGGCCUGCGACCCCCGUACUGGACUACUGGCGUAUCCUGCAGGGUGUGUCAUCAUCCUGCUGAAUCCACGGAAGAACAAACAGCAUCACAUCUUCAACAGUUCCAGAAAGGCGAUCACUACAUUGGCAUUUGCUCCUGAUGGGAAAUAUGUUGUGACAGGAGAGAGUGGUCACAUGCCAGCAGUUCGGGUCUGGGAAGUGUCAGAGCAUGCUCAGGUUGCAGAGCUACAGGAACAUAAAUAUGGAGUCUCCUGUGUGGCAUUUUCUCCUAACGGGAAAUAUAUUGUCAGCGUGGGCUACCAGCAUGACAUGAUGGUCAACGUGUGGAACUGGAAGAAAAACGUGGUGGUUGCAGCCAAUAAGGUCUCCAGUAAAGUGACAGCUGUCUCCUUCUCAUAUGACAGCUCCUAUUUCGUUACCGCUGGCAACCGACAUGUUAAGUUCUGGUAUCUGGACCACACCAAGACCUCCAAGGUGAAUGCCACCGUUCCCCUGCUGGGGCGUUCAGGGUUGCUCGGAGAACUCCGAAAUAAUUUCUUUAGUGAUGUGGCGUGUGGCCGGGGCCGACAAUCUUCCUCUACCUUCUGCAUCACUUCCUCAGGUCUGCUGUGUGAGUUUAAUGACCGAAGGCUCCUUGAUAAGUGGGUGGAGCUACGGAGAAUCGACUCUGCCUCUACGUCUCAGGCCACCUGUCUCUCUGUCACAGAGGAUUUUAUCUUCUGUGGUUGUUCUGAUGGGACGGUGCGAGCCUUCAGUCCCGUCAACCUGCACUUCCUCUGCACUCUGCCACGCCCACACUGUCUGGGUGCUGACAUUGCCUCUGUAGUCGAUGCCAGUCAGCUGUUCUCCUGCAGAAAAGAUUCUCGUUACCCAGACACAGUGGCUGUGACCUUUGAUCCCACUAAUCGCUGGCUGUCCUGCGUCUACAACGAUCACAGCCUUUAUGUUUGGGAUGUCCAGGAGCUCCACAGGGCAGGAAAGCUCUACUCAGCCCUCUACCACUCAUCCUGUGUGUGGGGCCUUGAGGUAUGCACAGAGGGAGGAGGAGGAGGUGAGGUGCAGCUCCCCCCUGGCUCCUUCUUAUCCUGCUCCUCUGACAGCACCAUCCGGCUGUGGAACAUCGACAGACACAAUGUAUUCCACAAGAACAUCCUGAGCAACGACCUGCAGAAGGUUCUUUAUGUGGACAACAAUAUGACCAACCUUCUGGACAUGGACAGCAUCACUGUUGCCUGUGCUAACUCAGAGAAGGUGGGAUCAUCAGUAUCGGAGGCACAGCAGAUGGACCAGAACAGAGUGGGCAUUAGAACUUUGAGAGUCAGUCCAAGUGGAAAACACCUUGCUUCUGGAGACCGCAUGGGAGUCCUCAGGAUCCAUGAUGUGGAAAGCAUGGAUGAGAUCUUGAAUGUUCAAGCUCACGACUCAGAGAUUCUCUGCCUGGAGUUCUCUAAACCAGAAACUGGUCUCCAGUUGUUAGCCACUGCCAGUCGGGACCGUCUGAUCCAUGUUCUGGACGCAGCCAGAGAGUACAGCCUGGUUCAGACUCUGGAUGAACACUCGUCCUCCAUCACUGCCGUCAGAUUUGCUGCCAACGAAGGGAAGGUGUGGAUGAUCAGCUGUGGAGCUGAUAAGAGCAUCUACUUUCGUACAGCUCAACAGAUGGGAGAAGGUUUGGAGUUCACCCGGAGGCAUCAUGUUGUCAGGAAGACCACUCUUUAUGACAUGGAUGUGGAACCAACCCGGAAGUACGCGGCAGUGGGUUGUCAGGACCGGAAAAUCAGAAUCUUUAACAUCGGGAAUGGUAAACAGAAGAAGGUGUAUAAAGGUUCUCAGGGCGAGGAUGGGACUGUUAUUAAGGUGCAGAUCGACCCAUCUGGACUGUACAUCGCCACAUCCUGUUCAGAUAAGAAUGUGUCCAUAUUUGACUUCUUUUCUGGAGAAUGUGUGGCCACCAUGUUUGGACACUCGGAGAUCGUAACAGGGCUGAAGUUCAGCAAUGACUGCAGACACCUCAUCACCGUAUCAGGAGACAGUUGCAUCUUUGUGUGGCGUCUAAGUCCGGAGUUGACCAUUAGGAUGAGACAGCGACUCGCUGACCUCCGACCUCUCAGCACCAUUCCUAACUCCCUCAGUGCAUCUGAGCCGAAGUCUGUAAAACUCGGCAAAGUGGCACGUAGUCCUUGUGUGGUCAACCUGUCAUCUGACACCGACGCAGAGGAAGAAGAGGGAGGGAUCACCACAGACAGUCCGGAGGAGGUCACAGAAAUGUCUAAUGAGAUGCACAGCAGAGAGAUCAGGAAUGAGACCUCUCAGGCUCUACUCCCUCGCCGCCGUUGGUCAAGGAGGACAGCAAGCGCUGAUGGUGUCCUGAUGGUGAAGUCCAUGUUAGACCUGCGAAUGUUGGACUCAUACUGCCUGGAUAGUCAGGAGGAAUCCGCUGCAUGGGCCCACAUUGACAACUCUUGUAGCCUGAGGAGGAUGAGGAGGCAGGAUGUGGAGUCAAUGAUUCAUCGGAACAGGGAUGAGCUGCAGAGUACAGUCAGUCUCCAAGUCCCCUCUGUGAGGGAAGAUGAUGAAGUGAAGACCAAUCAGAGGCCAGACUUCAUUCUGUUGUCCCUUCAGAGCCUAAACAGAGAGGAUCCAGUGCUAUUUCCUGACAAAUGGGAGGAUACAAUAAGCCUGAUGGGAAGUGACUUCCAGGUGAAGGAUGCAUGUCCUUCUGCUGCAUAUGGACGACAGGACAAACCCAGUCCAGACAGUGGCUGCUCUCUCAGAUUCAGCUCCACGUUGUCCAGUCCAGAGAGACCAGCUGCAGAUGAUACAGAGCCCACAGAACCUCUCAGUGUGGAUGGAAACUCCUCGGAGCUGGAAAUGGAGGAGAAGGAUGAGGAAACACAAGGAUGCAGGGGAGACAGGACACCCCAGGUGGUCCCUCAGACUCCAGACCAGGAGGCAUUUCUGAAGGAGCACUUUGUUACACUGGCUGACAUUUCUGCAUCAGGUGAUCCAAACAGAAUGUAUCACAGCUCCAGCGAGAGUCUCAGCAUCUCCUCAAGGUUCCUCUCCCAGAACUCAUCUGGAAGUUGGACAGACUUUCCUCCCCCAAUGUGGACCAACCAUGGAGGUGCGGGAGAGGUAAAGGCCAGGCCUCUGGUCUCUGAAGUCCGGCCCCUGAUAGAUGGGAAUCAGAGCUGGACACAGGAAAAACAGGAGUCAUUAGUCCAGGACAUGACCUCAAAGACUCAUCAGGAUCAAUCACAGCUUCCUCGUGCUCAGAAUCAGAGUUCAUUCCAGGGGGAGGGAGCAGAGACCACCAAAUUAGUCAAUCAACCUUCCAAGAACUCAGCACAGAAAGAGAAAGUCAGAGGAAACCAAGGCCUGGUGGUCCCUUCAACCUCCUUCCACCUGACCUCUGAACUUAAGAGGGCUCAGUCAGUCCACAACCUUCUGGCCAGCACAGGAGACUCUUUAGAUUCUCAGCUAAACUCUUGUCCAUCCAAAGAGGUCCCCCCUCAGCGUCCCACCACUCUUCCUUCUUCCCCUAGAAAGCCCCAUUCCACAGCACAAUGCACUCCAAGGCCCAGCUCCAUUUCCCCACGGUCCCCCCAGCAGGAGAGUGCCACGGCCACACCAAGGAAGUCAUCUUCAACCUCUUUGACAACAUCAGUACCACGUUCCUACAUGAGUCCCACUGCCAGCUCCAUGGCUAAGAUGUCCCGCUCAGUCUCCAUUGGCGACAACCUCCACAUCUCUGAAACUGCUGAGGAUCCUGCAAUGGCGUCCACCUCACCAGUGUCUCAAGACAAAGAGAUUGUGCCCCCUCUUGUUGCUGUGGUGCACUCCAAUGCCUCUCUAGCCACGCUCCAACAUCCGGCCAUUCCCCCUGUUGUUGUCUCUUCUUCCCCCUCAUUGUCUUUGUCUGUGGGUAUCUAUGGUAACCGGGCAACCCCUCCUUCUCGCAUUCUUCAGGCUCGUGUCCCGGGCAGUAGCCGGCCACUUCCGGACAAGCUCUCCCUGGACUCCUUCUCCCCUUCCUCCAAGUCCACUGGCUCCUAUUCAGAGAAGUCUUCCCUAAUCUCUGUCUCUCCUAUGAGUCCAUCCCAACAAGAGGAGGAGCCUCUAUCUCGUGCAGGUACCAGUGGAGACACCAUGGAUGAUCCAGAUCAACCGGUCAGUCUGGAGACGUGUAAGGCUUUGACUAGUGAGCUGCAGAGAUGCUUCAAGAGAGCAACACACCUUUACAGAAAGGUAAGCGGCUCCUCCAUAGAUGACUCCUCCCCCAGCCAGCAUCAGAUGGCUCUCCUCUUAUCAGAGGCCUUCCAGGCCAUGAGGACAGAGCUGGACUCUCUGCCGCUCAGCACACCCAGCAUGCAGGGCCUGGACGGUGGGCUGGGAGGAGUGGGGGAGGUGAAGACAGCAGCUUUACUUGAGGAGUACUCGCUGCUCCUCCUACAGGCUGUCCACAGAAAGAUCAACACCUCCACUUGAGCUCUGAAUGCUGACCUGCUCUUCAUCAUAAAGUUCUGCUCCUGCAGAGAAGGCUUCUUGAAAUGGGCUCGUUUACUCUUUCACUCUCCACAGAUGAAACUCGUAUACUCUGCUACUCUCUCCCUUCUUUUGAAUUUGCCUGAUUUUUAUUCUUCCUUUUCUGACACUGGGGAACUGCUGAACUGUUUAUUGAGUUUUUCCUCAUCGUGUGGGUCAUCAGUUCACCCGCCCAUUAAUCCAGUGCUCUUUUUCCUAAACAUUCAGUGUGUUUUUGUCACACAGAGAAAGCACACCGGGGCAAUGAGGGGCUCAGUUUUUACACUUGUUUACACUUUGACCAAAGGAGAUGGGAAUCUGAAGAACUCACUCUUUGGUUUGUGAACGACAACUCUACCUCCUGAUCUACAGCUGGCCCCAGAAUCAGUUUCAGAGUAACUUUUGGAAGCAUUUUAGAUUUAUUCAGUCAGAUUUUUCUUUUUACAAGGACUGUCAAAUUCUGUCUGAAAGCUCUUACCUAUGAUUGCUUACUGUAAUUGGGAAGAGAUGAAAACCAAUGAUCAAAGAGCAAUAGUUUGUAAACACACUUAACUGAUGAAAAUGUUCCUGCAUCCGAGGAACUCAACAUGAUUCCUGAAGCGAUCAAAUAACACUUUGUAUUUAUUGUGUUGAUGAGCUGUUACACUACUGAACAGGAACUCUGACCCAAACUGACUGGUGUGGUUUAAAAGCCAUGAGGUGGAAGUCCUGAUCUGAGCCUUAACACAACUUCAGUCACCUUUUAUUGCACACACUACGGGGUUUUGUGGGGUUAGAUUUAGCUAACUGUGAUCACAGAGAUGUCAGAGUCCUGUUUCCAGUUGUUUUUGUCACAUUUAAUAAAAGUUUCACAUUUUC